UUCUCGCAGAUGCCUGUGCGCAGCUUCGCAGAUCUCCGUCUCAUGACUUCCGGAAGUGCAUCUGGAUGUAUGCGUUAGAGAUCAGAGGAGCUGCUUGACGUCUGCGUGACUUGAACGCACCCCUCCUGCUGUCAGACUCUGAUGUGUCAGUUGUAAACUUCGUCCUGUGUGUAAAAGAGAAACCAAUUCGUUAGUGUUAAAAGUUAAUUCUAAAUGCACCGGGUGCUAUAAUGGAUGAGUGUGGUGGGUUUGAAACCCAGUUCACGUCUGUUAUGCAAAAUGUGCUGAGGACAGCAGUUGGUGAGGCGACGAAACUUUUCGAGGAGACUUUGCACCAGCUCAGAGCUGAGUUAGUGCACCUGAGGCAGGAGAACGUCGAGUUAAAGAGCGGCAUUUUCACUCCUCACUUCAAGACAAAAGAAGCAGGAGAUGGAUGUCCAAGAGCAGAGCAUGCCAAACGCGAUAUUGGUGUACAGUGUGAAAAGCCCACCAUGGUUGAAAGAUGCUGCAGCCCAGCACCAAUUGGUGACCGUCUAAACUUGCGACACAUCUCGAGUGAACGUCUUGAAGAUCUCUGUUCCAGCAGUUCAGAAGAUGGAAACAGGCAGCUUGCUUUGCUUCUCAUAAAAAAAGAGCCUCAGGAGACUGACUGUGAUGAAUAUGCACCAGGAUACUUCUUACUGAAGCAAGAGGGUGCUGAGCCAAUAUUGGUUCGUAAAGAGCCCUUUAAAAACACCAUGGAAAAAGUUUUGAUCCCCUCAGCAAUCCAAACAGUGAGCAGAAGCUAUGGAAACCAAAAACAAAUAUCAACCACUAAUGCAUCAUCACCCAAGACCACUGUUUCCUGUAAUUAUACAAUGGCCUCAUCAAGUAACGGUGUCACCCAGACUGAAAGUAUGUCUAGAGUUAGUGGAUGGUCAUCUUUGCAGAGUGAAACAGAAAGACAAAAAAAAUCUGCAUCAGCUAAAAAGUCAGCUUUGUCAGGGCUACCUGCUAAUUCAACCCAGUCCCUUCCUCCAGUUAGUGUAUCUGCCUCAACAGUCCUGCCUAACAGGCUAGGUCAGAUGUCAACACCUAGAGCCCAGCAACCAGCGCCAUCUGUUCAAAUGGAUGAGUCUCUUCAGGCAAGCAUCCAACUUAGUGUACCUCCAUCCCAACAAGUUGUUCAAAAUAUCCAGCAUUCAGCUACAGUGCCACAGUUUGUCCCUAAACUGGUUACGCCCCCUCUCCCUCAAAACCAGAGCCCAAUUACGGAAUCUUGCCCCUCUGGUCAGUUAUUACAAACCCUGGUUACAAUUGCAGACAAAAGAUUCUCAGUCAACAAAUCAGUGACAUCAUUAACUGAAUCUUCUACUCAGGCCACAAAGCCUUCAGUUUCUCACCCUCAAACUGUGAUAACUCCUGUCCAGAACAUGACACAGCUAGGCCAUUUCCCAUGUCCUCGGGUCCAGGCUCCUUUUCCUCCAGACCAGCAUUCUGUUGCACAAGGACAGGUUCCUACUUCAGUAUCUCAGCUUCCACCUCCACCAAACCAGGUCCCAAUGCCACCCACCCAAGUCCCUGUUCCAUCCAUCCACCUUUCAAUUCCAGCAACCCAUGCACUAUCUCAAGUACUUGUUCAAUCAAAUGACAUACUUCCACCAAACUCGCAAAGUUUAAAUCUACAAGGUCACCUUCCUUCUGUGCCUCAUCAUGAUCUGACCCCAUCAACCCAGCCAUUUUAUCCUUUGACUCAUGCAUCAUUUGCUCCACCUUUCAUCCCACUUCAGUCAAUGAAGCCUUCUGUUCCUCCAAGUUCGAUUUCCCAGACCAAUGUUCCAUCUCCACUGGAGCAUGCCACAUCCCACUAUGACAUUUUGUCUGAUCCACUUUGUUCAUCUUCAGACCAGUAUUUUUCAACACCUGAUAACACAUCAGAUUUGCUUCAGCCCUUGCCUCCCAUGCCUUUCCACUCACCUGUUGUAUUAAACCAGCAAGAAACCACAUCUAUGAUCCAUUCCCAAUCAUCUGGACAACCUUUGCAGCUUGCACCUCUUCUUACUUUGAAGGAACAGCAAGCAGCAGCCUCCAAUCAUGGACAUAUAUCCAAGAGAGGACCUAACAUGCCUGUGGAGAUCCCUAUGUCUACAGUUAAUAACUUUGAGGAAGAUAUUCAGAGAUAUCCCCCUCUUGCUAGUCAUGAAUCCACAAACUGUGAAAGUGAAUCCAUCACUGUAGAAAUGCAGAAUGAAGACCCCACUGAGAAUAAUGAAGGUAGUAGGCCUGCAGUUAUUCCUGGACCAAUACAACAUUAUACAGUUCUUUCCAAGCCUGGGCCAAACUUUAUAGUACCAGAUUCUACAAAAGAACAACAGACCUUCAGAAUGAACAUGGUCAAGGAUUUACAGAUGGACAAUGACAUUAAUAAGCAGAAAGAGGGAUGUGACACAACCUGCCAAGUGUGGGAACCAUCUGAUUUGUCCAGUGUAUUACCCCAGUCAGCAUUAAGUGCUCCUGCACAAAACAUAAUACAGAAACCUGCACGGAAAGUGCUGGAAAAGAAGACUGAGUGCUCUGAAUGUGGCAGGAUUCUCAGCAAUGCAUCUUCACUGGAGAAUCACAUGAGGCUUCACAGAGGUGAGAGGCCAUAUACCUGCUCCCAAUGUGGAAAGGCCUUCCCUAGUGUCCGAGGCCUCAACCGCCAUGUAAAAGUCCAUGCAGAGGAGAAAGGCUACAAGUGUGAGGAGUGCGGCAGGAGUUUCGUUUACCAGUUUACCCUGACCAAACACAAACUCAUCCACUCUGGAGAUAGGCCCUUCCCCUGUAAGGUUUGUGGCAAGAAGUUCUUGGCAAAGGCAGACCGGGCUACUCACAUGCGCAUGCAUACAGGGGAGAAACCAUUUUUUUGUAAUCAAUGUGGAAAAACGUUCAAGCAUAGAGUUGCAUUGAACAUGCACAUGCAGGGACACAGGGGGGAGAAACGCUAUGUUUGCCCCCAUUGUGAGAAAGGCUUUGUGGAUUUAGGUAAUUUUAAGAGACAUAAGCGUAUCCACACUGGGGAGAAGCCAUUUGAAUGCAAAGAGUGUGGUAAGCGUUUCACUCAGUCAGCCCACCUCAAGAAACACAUCAACACACAACAUGCGGUAGUGAAACCAAAAUAGAAAGUUCAUAAUAUGUUCAUAACAAUUAAUUAAAGUUCAUAAUAACUCAUGAGAAGAAACUAUCACCAAAUAGUUUUGUGAAAACAAAACUUAUCUUGUUUUAUUAGUUAAAAGUCAUAGUUUUAGCAUCAACUGCUGUAUAAUAAUGCAUUUAACUUUUUAUUGUAGUACUUUUUUUUAUCUUUUUAGUAAGUAUGUGUAACUCUGUGGUGAUUUUUUUGUGAAAAAGUAUCAGGUAGCAUUGUCAUUUAUAAUUCCAGGAAAUUAAAAGACUAAUGUUGUUUCUGUGCUAUUUAUUAUUCCUUUUUUAUAAUAUCCAUGGGUUAAACCCUUAAGGAACUCAGGUUAAACAAUUCACUGUGAAAAUGAAAAUAGUGCUGAUACACUGAUUGUGAACUUGAUUUGAACAUAAUAUGCCAACAAAACCAAAUAAAAUGUGAAAUGUU